AUGCCUCCGCCGGUGACCCCGUCCCCCUUCCGCCCCUCCCGCCGGUAUCCUCCGUCACGACGCAGCGGGCCACAGUUUGCCAACUCGCCGCGGUUCUUGUUAUCGCAGUCAACACCACACAGGGGCGAUAUAGACAUAGUCGACGAUGAAACUGCUCUGCUGUCCACAGCUUCACCUACGAAUGAUGUAGUCGUGCAGCUUAUAUCAAGCACUACCCAGUCCCGCCGACAGAGGGAGUCGAUCGAUGAUUCGGAGGACGACAAAUGGUUGGACAAUGUAGACCCCCGAGAAAAGGGAGAGUCGGGACUUGCAACCGAUCAGAUCGAAAGCUCUCCACCUUUAAAUUCCCAAACACCUGGAUAUGAUGAUGCCAGAGAUGCCGGCACACGCUUCGCCUCAGCCGGAGACGGCAACAAGAGAGUACGUCUCUCCAUGCAGGGUGUCCCACCCCCAGCGAGCGUGGGUGAUGAUCUAGACGGGGCACUCUCGCCCUUGCCAGAGGUACAAGUCCCAAUACCGCAUGCGAUGCGAACGCCAGGUCCGCGAAUACCUCAACGGCCCGCUGUUACGCAGGAUGGGAGCGUGGGCGGCCUCCGGGCAACUCCCGACACGCACGGAAGACCACGGCCACCGGUUGUCGAGACACCUGGUAAUAACACACAAACACCAUUUCGAAACAGGCCGCGAUUUAUGCUGUCGUCGCAAAAGCCACGAAGCAGUCAGCCUGUACUCCUUGCUGAAAGUCCCUCGGCGACACAGUCCAGCUCACUAGAGAGGCGCAAGCCUACCUUUGUGCUUCCGCGUUCGCCAUCCCCAAAACAUACAGAAGACGACAUCCCUGCCCCGUUCUCACCAUCUUCGAAGUCGCUACAUCGACGUGGGAAGAAUCGGUCAGGAUUGAUGGGCUAUGUGCCCGGGGGGAUGGCAGCUGAGGUGCGGAGCUGGAUUCUUGAGACAGGAUCCAGGCAUGAGCAGGUCGGUUCGAAUCAGAGUCUUGACAUGUCGAGCAGGCAAUCUGCCGAAUUGCAUUGCUUCCUUGUAGCUGCUCGUGUCCUUGAAGUGAGACCCGCAGUUCUUAGUGGCUCGGGUGCACUAUCAUUCAUUCGAGCUGAGAAGGUCGCUGUCUUAUCAAAUGAAGAUACGCUGAACAACGAGUAUUUCAAUAUCGUUCUCAUGGGACCCCCUCGGUCGAAAAAAAGAGUUGUACAGCCGCCAUCGCGAGAUGGCGAGUCCUCAGACACAAUCUCUCCGGGGGAUUUGCUGGGAGUCCAGAGAGGUCUCUCGUGGUAUGUCACCUUGGCUGAAUACCAAGCGCUAUACGCUGCCAGUGGCGUCCUAGACCCAAUGGCUCAAGUCCGCAGACCUACCGAAUCCGAAGAGUGGCUAGUUUCCAUGCAGUGGGAGCUUGUCCAGAGGGCCACCUAG